GUGGACGCCUCGCCCGGCGUGACCUGGGAGGAGAUCGCCGGGCUAAGCUACGCCAAGCAGUCCGUGCGCGAGAUCACGGUCUGGCCGCUCCUCCGCCCGGACAUCUUCACCGGUCAGCGGAGGCCGCCUCGCGGGCUGCUGCUCUUCGGCCCGCCCGGCACCGGCAAGACGCUCAUCGCAAAGGCGAUCGCCGCCGAGGGCAACGCCACCUUCUUCUCCAUCUCCGCCUCGUCUCUCAUGUCCAAGUGGAUGGGCGACUCCGAGCGGCUCGUCCGCGCACUCUUUGGCGUGGCGCGCGCGCGCAAGCCGUCCGUCAUCUUCAUUGACGAGGUGGACUCGGUGCUCGGCCAGCGGCGCGAGGGCGAGCACGACUCGACCAUCCGAGUCAAGAAUGAGAUUCUGGUCCAGAUGGACGGCGUCGCGGGCGCCGACGCCAACGAGAGCCUCCUCUUCGUCGGCGCAACCAACCGGCCGCAGCAGCUCGAUGACGCGGCCCGCCGCCGCCUCUCCAAGCGGCUGCUCAUCCCGCUGCCAGACGCGGCCGGGCGACGCGAGAUGCUCACGCGCGGCCUCGCGGACCUGGUGCACGCGAUCGGCGAGGCCGACAUCGGCUCGCUCCUCGAGGCGACCGACGGCUACUCGGGCUCCGACAUGGCGGCGCUGUGCCGUGAAGCAGCGAUGGGGCCAUGCCGCGAUCCGGGCUUCGAGGCGGCGCUGCUCAGCGGGGUGCACUCGAGCGAGAUGCGCCCGAUCCGCCUCUCGGACUUCGAGGACGCUCUCGGCGCGAUCCGCGCGAGCGUCGGGCCGGGCGAGCUGGCCGCCUUCGAGGAGUGGAACCGGAACUUCGGCUCCUUCCAAAGCCAGGCGGCCAAGCGGCAGGCGAUGGGGGGCGUCUCGGGCGGCGGCGGCAGCACUUGA